AUGCCUCCGAAAAAGAUUAUUCGAGCUAAUCCACCCGCCGUCGACCUCUCAGCCAUUCCGCCUUCCCUCCCACCCUCCGUCGAGGAGGCGUACCGAAGAAAAUGCAUCCAGCUAAAGCAGCGCACGAACGAGGUUGAGGAGGAGAACGACGCGACCCGCGUGCGCCUCGCCCGUAUCAAGCGCCAGGUCGAAAAGAUGCGUCUGGAGCGCGCCUUCCUGCUCGAGCAGCUCGCCAAAAGAACCAGCACAAACGUGGAGGAUUCAGACGGCAGCCCGAGCCCACCUCCGACACCGCAAGAGAAGCCUCUGCGUACGAAACGCGGACACCGUAAGCCCUCGGUCCUGGCCGAGAUCGACGCCGCCGCCAAGAACGACUCGCCGAAUCCCCAGAGCCAGAACGCCGCCACCGUCUCCCCGAGCUCCGAGACCUUCUCCCACGCCCACGCUGCCGAGUCCCAGGCCUCCGCUCGUACGAACGGCGUCGCGAAGCCGCCCAAGCGCCCGGGCAACGCGUUCGAGCUCUUCUGCAGCGACAGUCGCCCCGCCUUUGAGGAGAAGAAGAAGGACGAUGCUGACCUCAACAUCGACGAGGAGCUCGCGCGGGCCUGGAAGGACCUGCCCGAGGCUGAAAAGGAAGAGUUCCAGACCCGUUCCGACCAGGAGAUGGCCAAGUACCAGAAGGAGAAGGACGCCUUUGCCGCAAAGAGCAAGAGCGCCGAGCCGAAGGAGGAGCGCGAAAAGACUCCAGAUCAGGCCCCUGCAGCUUCACAAGAUGAGGACGUGGAAAUGACGAACUACGACACGGAGGAGCAGCCAGAGGAGACGCCAGCCGCGGACGACAAGGACGACAAGGCGGACGAAUAG